CAAGUGUAAUUCAAAUCCAAAUGUAAAUAUUUUGGUUUUGUGUUGUGCUAUGCAUCAAAAUGACUGGAUUUAAUUAUUUAGUGAGGAGGCCAGUGCAUUAUCGUUGUUUCAAGAAGUUGAACCGUUACAGUUCUUCAGAUACAAGCGUCAAACAUGAAGGAAAGGCUGUUAGAAAGAAGUAUUCGGACACAGUGAACCUUCCUAACACUAAGUUUCCAGCAAGGAUAGAAGGCAGAAAAAGAGCUGAGCGUGACAGGUUUAUUUACGAAAAAUGCAGAUUCUCCUCGUUAUAUUCAUGGCAAAGAGAACACACUAAGGAUCCAGAGUUCAUACUGCAUGAUGGCCCUCCAUACGCCAAUGGAAAACCACAUAUGGGACAUGCCAUUAACAAGAUUAUGAAAGACAUAAUAUUGCGUCACAAGGUACUUCAAGGUCAAAGAGUGCAUUUUAUUCCGGGAUGGGACUGCCAUGGUUUGCCCAUUGAACUGAAAGCAGUAUCCAAUUCAUGUGGAAAAGAAACAAAGCUUACACCAGUUGAAAUAAGAUAUAAAGCACGGAAAUUUGCUGAAGCUGCUAUUGCAAAUCAGAAGACAACUUUUAAAUCAUGGGGAGUAAUGGGUGAUUGGGACCAUUCUUAUCACACAUUUGACAAGAAAUAUGUGAUAAACCAGAUCAAGAAAUUUUAUGAUAUGUUUGAGAAGGGUUUGAUCUAUAGAGCAUAUAAACCAGUUUUCUGGUCUCCAUCAUCAAGGACAGCACUGGCAGAAGCUGAACUGGAGUAUAACCCAACUCACUGCAGUCAGGCUGUUACGGUACGCUUCCUGGUAAAGGACCUACCACCACAACUGAAAGAAAUUACACCCCAACAUGUAUCACAAGUGUAUUUGUUAAUAUGGACCACAACUCCUUGGACUCUGCCAAUGACAAGUGCAGUAUGUUAUAGUCCAGAGAUGACAUACAGUGCAAUUCAUUUGGACAAUUCAAAAGAUGAAGUGUACAUUUUAGCUUCUGAAUGUAUGAAGGACCUGCUAAAUAAGAUUGGAGCACAAGCAGAAGUUAUCUCAUCCUUUAAAGGUGACAUGUUGAGGAAUACAUUCUAUGAGCAUCCUCUAAAGCAAGGAUGCAACUUGCCUUUGCUUCCUUCAGACCAUGUCUCAACUGGCAAAGGCAGUGGAUUGGUGCAUACAUCUCCAGCGCAUGGCCAUGAUGAUUUCUUGGUUGCUUUAAAACAUGGAAUUUCCUUGGAGUGUUUGGUUGAUGAAGAUGGCUGCUUUAUGUCUAAAAUUGGGCCAGAGCUUGAAGGUUUACCUGUGUUGUCUGCAGGCAAUGAAAAAGUGUUGGAAUUGUUGCAGAAUGAUAUUUUGCACCAAGAAAAGUAUACACAUAGUUAUCCCUAUGACUGGAGGACAAAGCAGCCAGUUAUAAUCAGAGCUAGCAAGCAGUGGUUUAUUGACACUGAUGCAAUUAAACAAACAGCAAUUAACAAACUCAGAGCUGUUAACAUAUUGCCAGAAAAAUUCAGUGGAAGUGGUCAGCUAAUAUCGCAGCUGGACAGGCGACCGUACUGGUGUAUCUCAAGGCAGAGAGUUUGGGGUGUACCGAUCCCAGUUCUUUACCGACAGUCAAAUCAGGAAAUCUUGGUAACCAGACCACUCAUCGAUCACUUCUGUAAUCUUUUGGAAGAACAUGGUCCAGAUUUCUGGUGGACACUGCCUACUGAGAAACUUGUUGAAGGUUGUGUCUCAGAUGUAGAUGUACAAGACGUAGAAAAAAGUCAGGACAUCUUGGACAUCUGGUUUGAUAGUGGAAUAUCAUGGUCUUCUGUUUUGGAUCAAAGAGUGGCUGACUUAUAUUUGGAAGGUGUAGACCAAAUCACUGGUUGGUUCCAGUCUUCACUAAUGACAUCAGUUGCACUGCGUGAGAAGCCUCCCUAUCGGGCUAUAUUUGUUCAUGGAUUUGCAGUUGAUGGAAAUGGUCGAAAAAUGUCAAAGUCAUUGGGAAAUGUUGUAGAUCCUGUUGACAUUACUGAAGGCAGCAAACACAUACCAGCUUAUGGGACUGAUGUUCUCAGGUGGUGGGUUGCUUCACAUGGUACGCAUCAUGGUAACAUAAGUAUAAGCAACAGUUUGUUAGACAGCUCUGCAGAUUCUGUCCAAAAAAUACGCCUUGUGCUACGCUUUAUCCUUGGGUCCAUAAACGAUUUCCAGAAUAAGAGUGACAAUGAUGCUCUACAUUUAUACAACUUGGACAAGUACUUACUCAAUCUGCUCUUUGGUUUGGAAAAAGAGGUUGUGGCAGUGUAUGACACUUAUCAGUUCAACCAUGUUUGUAAACUCAUGACAAACUUUGUCACCAACGAUCUAUCAGCACUAUACUGUCAUCUGAUAAAAGACAGACUUUAUUGCGAAUCACCUAACUCUCCUAAGAGAAGAGCCUGUCAGUUGGUGCUGAGCCACAUACUCGAAGGUGUUACACAUAUGAUUGCCCCAGUUUUACCAUUUCUUGCAGAGGAAGUUUAUCUCCACCAUCCCUAUUUUGUCGGUACAGGUGUUUUCCGAUCUGGAGUUUGGAAGCCUCCAAAAGAGUGGGAGAAAGUUGACAUUGACAAUAUAAUGUCAACAGCAUUGAAAUUGCGUGACUUACUUCACAAAACCUCAGAAGAAUCCAAUACUUUGAAAUUAAAUGUGAAAGUUUUGGCAGGAGAUAAAACUUUGCAGAUAUUGAAGUUGUUCCAGGAAGAAGGUCGAAGUGAUUUUUCCGAGUUGACAGAACUGCUGCAGGUAUCAGCUGUGGAACUGGUCAAGUCUAAUAAACAGCUAUUAGAUAAUGAGUUUGAAAUUGUAUGUGAAACAUCAGAAUGUCAGCUGUGUCCAAGGUGCCGACGUUAUACCUCUAAAGAAAAAGAUGUGCUGUGCUCCCGCUGUGAGAAAAUAGUAGCAAAACAACCCCUAAAACAAGUUUUAUGCAGCUAACAGUGUAUUUAUUUGUAUUUUAAUCAGUCUCAUGAAUAAUACACUGUCUUUUUGUGUUCAGUGUGUUAUGUAAGCAAUUGUGUAUUCACUAUUUUCUCUUGGAAGAGUUAUUCUUUUCUGUAAUUUGCUGUUAUUCUUUUUUUAAAAAAAAAAAAAAUCUGUGUGUUCGUGGUCUUGGUAGCAGAGAGGUUAAGUGGUGAACCACAAAUCCAGAGGUGCAAUGUUUGAUCCGUGAUUGCCCAUAGAAUUUUGCCUGGUAGGUAAUGUGACUACCACCUGCCAUAAUUCAGGGUGUAGCUGUAGAGAUGUAUUCCCUUAAUGGUUUGGAUUCCAUGCUAAACUGCAAGUCCCCAUUUGAUGAACUGGGUGAGUCAGUUCUCAGAUGGAAGAAGGACAUGGAAGUGGAGAAAGACAAGAGUAUACCACCUGCAGUAAUGUUUUAGUGUCAAAGAAUGGCAGCAUACAAUCUUAGGUUAAUUGUGUGUUGGGAGAUUAUGACUCACUAGUGGCUAGAUGUAGCUUGUAUCACAUGUCCCUCGAGCAGUGUGCAAGUGCAGAAUUCACACCAUAGCACAAGCAUGAACUGGCUGCCCUCUUAGUUGCUUGUAGUGUGCUGUGUGAUCUAUAUUGUGUCUACAGUGGAUGCUAAUUCAUCAACUACUACCACGUAAUGUUUGUGUUUCCCAUGUGCCAAGUGGAAUAUGGACUCCACAGGGGUUACAGAGAUAUUUUUAAAAAGCACGUUCUUUGAAAGAAAAGAAAUUGUGCCAAAGAAAAUAAAGAAUGAAAGAGAGGGUAUGCAGUUUGUGUAACAAAGGAUUCAGUCAGGUGUCAGCUCUUCGGCAGCAUGAAAUUCAGAUCUAUGCCAGAGAUUCAUUUUGUGACUGUAGAAUUGCUAUUGGCCACAGUAUUGGUGUCUUUUCUGCUUUGGGAAAAGUGAACAUUCUUGGACAUUUUAAAAUUAUUCAUAAUGUUCAAUCAGCGUGUUAGGAAAUAUAAUUUCAGUCAACGACCUAUAUAAACAACAUAGACUGGCUAUGGCACCGCCAUCUUUGAAGCAACUUGAAAACUGAGCCGCCAUGUCUUGUAACGUCAAGGGGUGCAGCCUACGUGUUGUCUGCUAGUACUGAAUGUUGUUAUUGUUUACUACGCAUGGCGUAAAAAAAAAAAAAAAAAACUGCACUGACAUUCUGAUUUCUCUACUGUAAAGCUUAUAGUGAUGAAGGCUAAAAGAAAUAAAACACACUUCUGACAUCGA